AUGGUCGCUGAUAACUCGGAAAAAUCAACGAAAUCUGUUGCCAAUGGACAGUUGAUCAGCACAGUUUCCAGCAAAGAUGAUCUCCCGAACGCUAUCAUUGUCACCCAAUGUCCAGAAGACGUAUUCGAUCACAAAGAAGACAAGGCAAACUUCAAAGCGCUAUUCACACAAAUCGAAAAAGACAUCCAUUUCGAUUUCCUGCGGAGCUUCCGACGAGUCCGAGUAAUCUUCUCCUCCCCUGAAAACGCCACCGCCGCCAAACUCAUCGUUCAAGGGUUCUCUUUUAAGGGACACGAACUGAAAGCCUUCUUCGCUCAAAGGAUCUACAUGAGUGCCAAUUCACAAAUGCUCUCACCACCUCCACUUGAAAAACAGUUUUUGAUUUCUCCACCAUGCUCACCGCCAGUCGGAUGGGAACAGACUAAAGAUAUGCCUCCAGUCGUGUGUAAUUUCGAUUUAAUGGCUCGUUUGGCGUCAUUUGCAAUUGAUGAGAAAUACGAAGUUCACAACGGAGAUGAAUUGACUCCAACCAUCGUCGUACAUCCAUGCGAGACUCCACUCGAUAUCCCAUCUGCUCUUGAGAUGCCUCGAACUCCACGUCCUUCAUCUCCUGCUGAUUCAGAUGAAUAA